UAUUAUUACAAGUCAAAGUGCACACUGGUUGCUAGCUAGCGUGCGAAUUCGUGUAAGUCAGCAUUGCUUCCUUCUCUGAAAAAUCCUUUAUUGAGCAAGAAAAAGGGGGAGGGAACACCAGACCGUGCAAUACUUUACUCACACAGAACUCCAAUCUGUCCCUUUUAAAGGGGCCCAGGAGAAGACAGCCAGCCAGAGGAAACCAUGGCUAAAGAAAGGAGGAAAUUUUUGGAGGAAAUAAACAAGAUGCUUGCUGACAAUCAAGACAGCAAGAAUGAGGAGCUGAUGUUUACUUACAGAGGUGUCCUGUAUCCGAGCCGCCUCUGCAGUGCCAAAACCUUUGAAGCUCUGGAAGGCAUGGAGGCGAGGAAGGAGGACAUGCUGGUAGCAACUUACCCAAAGUGUGGUACCAACUGGGCACUACAGAUUUUAAAUGACAUCUUAGCUGCACAUUAUGAGGACUUUCAAAUGCCACUGACUAUCCCAAUGCUAGAGUUUGGAGCUCCAGAAAAAUUUCAGCAAAUUAAAGACCAGCCUUCUCCACGGAUUUUUUCAACUCAUCUCCAUUAUGAUAACAUCCCCAAAUCUUUUAUUGAGAAUCAAGUAAAGAUUCUGGUGAUAUUUCGAAAUCCCAAAGAUGCUGCUGUAUCUUACUACCAUUUUUACAACAAAAACCCUUUGCUUCCAACUACCAGCUCCUGGGAUGAUUUCUUUCAAAAGUUUAUGAGUGGUGAAGUUGGUUGGAAAUCUUACUUUGACCAUGCUAUUGUUUGGGACAAACAUAUGGAUGAAGUCAACGUCAAGAUCAUGACAUUUGAAGAGCUGAAAGAAAAUCUUCAUGAAGGAGUCAAACAAAUUGCUGAUUUUUAUGAAUUUCCUCUGCCUGAAGAGAAGAUCCAGUCUAUUGCAGAAAAAGCUACCUUCCAAACAAUGAAAAGUGAAGCCCCUGAAAAAAUUGGUGCAUUUGCUCCCAUCAUUUUCAGGAAAGGUGUAGUGGGUGACUGGAAGACUUUGUUCACUGAAGCUCAGAGCCAAGAAAUGGAUGCAAAAUUUGAAGAGUGUUUAGCAGGAACAAAAUUGGGUACAAAGUUAAAGUAUGAUAAAUACUGCAAGUUCUAAAUCUGGAGUCAUGGGACAAAGGCCUUCUUCAGAUAUACAGUUUCAAAAUAAAGUCUAUGAGUGGUGUAGGCACCUAUGUA